AUCCCUCCCCAAAAAUCAACUUAUCCACAUCCACCAUAACAUUAUUGUCUAAGGCCACCAUGGCAACACAAGCUGCAGCCCUCUUCACCCCAGCAAUCUCCGUCCCAAAAUCCGGGAAUCUCCCUCUGAUACCAUGGAAGCCAUCCUCCUCAAUUUCCUUCACCACCACCAAGUCCUUGUCCUUCUCUAGAAACGUCAGAGCUGCAGCUGCAGAGGAGAAAACCGCGGCAAAGGAAGCUCCAGUGGGCUUUACCCCUCCAGAACUAGACCCCAGCACCCCAUCACCCAUCUUCGGAGGAAGCACCGGAGGACUGCUGAGGAAGGCUCAAGUGGAGGAAUUCUAUGUCAUCACAUGGGAAUCCCCCAAGGAACAGAUCUUCGAGAUGCCCACCGGGGGUGCAGCCAUCAUGAGGCAAGGACCUAACCUGCUGAAGCUGGCUAGGAAGGAACAGUGCUUGGCACUCGGGACUCGGUUGAGGUCCAAGUACAAGAUCAAGUACCAGUUCUACAGAGUGUUCCCCAAUGGAGAAGUUCAGUACCUUCAUCCCAAAGAUGGGGUUUACCCUGAGAAGGUGAAUCCUGGUCGUCAAGGAGUUGGGCAGAAUUUCAGAUCAAUUGGGAAGAAUGUUAAUCCCAUUGAAGUUAAGUUCACUGGGAAACAAGUUUAUGAUCUUUGAGAUGUUAUGUAAUUGGGAGUAUUCCCAUGUUUAUCUGUAAUUCUGUGUACCUUUUAAUUUUUUUUCCCUAUGGCAUGUGCUCUUUAUUUUAUCAACCUUCUAGAGUUUAUGAAAUGUUUGGAAAGGAUUAGCUAAAAGACAAUCAUUCUAACAUGGAAAUUGUGUUUGUAUACGAGUUGAGAUGGUUGUGGUUUGUUUAAAAUCAAGCUCAACUUAGUUU